CUGAAAUUCUUGUAUUGUAUCAUUUGUAUCGCUAAAUUGUGUAUUUCUCCCAUUUCCGAUCCUAUUCGGAGUAAAACUACUAGAAAAUUCUAAAUUAAGCAACAACUAAAUUAUCAAUCACGGCUAAGCGCUAAGGAUAUUAGUCGGGACGGAUUUCGUUACAAUUAGAUUGUGUGGUUGGGUUGUUCAUGACGCAUCAUCCAACGUCGAAAUGUCAAGGACAAGUCAUGCAUAGGAUCAGUUUGCAAUGCUCAUUCGUUGGCAAAGUAAAGAACUACUGAGGGCAAUAUAAUAGAGCCUACGGACUAAUGAUGUCGCCUCCUGAGCGACGUGUGCGUACUAGUCCGACCCCCGUCAUUAGAAGCUCCUCCCCCACGUCCUCGUUGACCAACUUGACGACCUCUUCCUCACAUGCAUCGACCUCAAAUUCUACUCUCACCUUGACUGAGACAGAGCCACCAAGACUCCAUGAGCCUGCCCCCUCCGUUAGAUUAGUUUUAAAGAAGCCCAAAAACUCUAAAAAAGUCAACUGGACCACAGAGACGGUUGAUAAUGAGCACAUGGAUAAGCGAAAAUCAAAAUGUUGUUGCAUCUACAAGAAACCGCACGUCUUUGGCGAAUCUUCCUCCGAGUCAGAGGAGGACGAGUGUGAGAAUUGUUAUGGUCAUUGCGAGUUGCGGAAACCUCCUCCUCCUCCACCCCCAUCCGUUCCUCCCGUCUCAUAGCCCUCCCGGACCCCAUCCCCAGUGGACAUACUAACAUGAGUUGGAUGCCGAUUGUAAAAGUAAUUUUGCAGUUGCGCACAUAUUCUUUCUUUAAAACUAUUAUCGAUUGCCUAAAUUUCGUAAACUUCUCGCUAUCGUAUACAGACUUUUAAAUUUGCGCUUUGUCACGCCUUUCCUUGCACAUCACAGUGGUGCAAGAACGAAAGAGACGAAGGAAAAAUUAGAUUAAUGUUAGCUGAUAUGUAAAUCGGUGUUACGGUCGGAUACUAAAAGUUUCUACCGACUAGCUCGCAUUCACGAGUAACAAAUUUAAUAAAGUAACAUUAAAUAAUAAAA